AAUAGAUGGGACCCCCAAGCAAUAAAUGAAUGGAAUCCAUCAUUUCGAAUAAAUCACGAAUCUUGUAAUUGACGUGCAGAGGCUUUUAUACUGGGAAGAGUACAUCAAAGAGGUGCGCUAUCUAAGUAUAUUCUUUGAGGUUUGAUCAGCACUACCAGAAAAAAAAAAAAAAAAGAGGUUUAAUAAAUAUAAUACGAAAUCCUGCCCUUUUGAUAUUCUCGGAGUACACGCAGUUUUAGACAGAGCUUGACCCUAAGCACGAAACAGUAGAUCACAUAUAUACAUACAAGAUGGCAGUAGACACAUUGGACUACGCCGUAAUGGUAGCAUUGGCCGUGGCGCUUAUUGCCUACUUUGGAAAGGAUAAGAUUUUUGGAUCUGGUGACGGAGUUGACGCCGGCUUUGUAGCUGGUGCCCAUAGUGGCAAGUCCAGAAACUUGGUAGAAGUCUUGGAGACCACCAACAAGAAGUGUGUAGUCUUUUACGGAUCCCAGACCGGGACUGCUGAAGACUACUCAUCCAAGUUGUCGAAGGAAUUGAAGUCUCGAUUUGGGUUGUCGACCAUGACUGCCGAUUUGGCUGAUUAUGAUUUUGACAAUUUGAAUGAAAUCCCAAGUGAUACUUUGUUUUUCUUUCUUCUUGCAACAUAUGGCGAAGGUGAACCAACCGACAAUGCCAUUGAAUUCAUUGAGUUUUUGGAUAAUGAAGCUGAAACUUUGAGUAACAUCAAGUACUCCGUGUUCGGAUUAGGAAACUCAACCUAUGAAUUUUUCAAUGCUAUUGGUAAGAAGGUUGAUGAACGGUUGCAAGAGUUGGGAGGAGACAGAUUUGUUGAAUACGGUGAGGGUGAUGAUGGGAAGGGGUCCAUGGAUGAAGAUUAUUUGGCAUGGAAGGAGGUUGUUUUGGACUCCUUGAAGAACAAGUUGGACAUUGAGGAACAUGAAUUGACUUAUGAGCCUGGUUUGGAGCUCACCGAGGAGGACUUGAUGUCUGCACUGGACGUUGACGUCUCACAGGGGGAACCAAGUAAUGUUUACUUAAAGUUGGCAGCCGGAGAAGAAGUUACCAAGGGUCCAUUUGAUCACACCCAUCCAUACUUGCUGACUAUUUCUGCAACCAAGGAAUUGUUCCAUAGCAAGGAAAGAAGCUGUGUACAUGCUGAAUUUGACUUGAGCAAUUCAAAUUUGAGAUAUUCCACUGGUGAUCAUUUAGCCAUUUGGCCAAGUAAUGCUGACGAAAAUGUGAGUAAGUUUUUCGAGGCAUUUGGUCUUCUUGGUAAGGAAGAAUCAGUUUUCUCCUUGAAAUCUCUUGAUUCCACCAUCACCAUCCCAUUCCAUUCCCCAAUCACAUACGAUGGUGCUGUAAGACACCACAUGGAAAUCACUGGUGCAGUAUCCCGUCAAUUUCUUAUGUCCAUUGCUCUGUUUGCACCACUGGAAGAAUCCAAGAAGAAGGCACAAGCCUUGGCUAGUGAUAAGGUUGCAUUUGCAACUGAGAUUCAUGCCAAAUUUUUAAAUAUUGCUGAUGCUCUUUUAUUAAUAUCUGGUGGUUUACCAUGGACUGACGUACCAUUUGUGUUUUUGGUUGAAAAUGUAGCACACUUACAACCACGUUACUACUCUAUUUCCUCAUCUUCUCUUUCUGAAAAGAGAACUGUGCAUGUGACUGCAGUGGUUGAAGCUGAAAAACAUGGAAAUCAAUUGGUAACUGGUGUAGUUACCAAUCUUUUGAAAAAUGUCGAAAUUGUUCAAAAUAAGAAGACUCUGGAAACUCCAACUGUUAGUUACGACUUGAAAGGUCCAAGAGGAAAAUUUUCAGGAUUUAAAUUACCAGUUCAUAUCAGAAGAUCUACAUUCAAAUUACCUAGUAACCCAGCCGUGCCAGUGAUUUUAAUUGGACCAGGAACCGGUGUAGCUCCAUUCAGAGGUUUUAUCAGAGAAAGAACCCAUCAACUUUCUGCUGGAGAAAAUGUUAAUGUUGGAAAGACAUUAUUGUUCUAUGGAUGUAGAAACUCCAAUGAAGAUUUCUUAUACAAGGAAGAAUGGCCAACUUAUGCUUCUAAAUUGGGAUCUAAAUUUGAACUUGUUACUGCAUUCUCUAGAGAAACCCCAGGUAAGAAGGUUUACGUCCAACACAAGCUUUUAGAAAGAGCUGAAGAAAUCAAUGCUUUAUUAGAAAAGGGAGCUUUCAUUUACGUAUGUGGUGAUGCUUCCAAGAUGGCUAGAGAUGUUCAACAAACUUUGACGAAGAUUAUAAGUAAGGAGAGAAACAUCACAGAAGAACGCGGGGCUGAACUUAUUAGAGGCUUUAAGGUACAAAACAGAUACCAAGAAGAUGUAUGGUGAUAAAUAUAUACAUAGAGAACGAGUAAUCAAUAGUAGUUAACAUAUAUCAAACCUCAAACAA